CUUUCGUGUCCACUCCACUCCCCUCCUCUCUCUCUCUCUCUCUCUCUCUCUCUCUCUCUCUCUCCUUUGCAAUGGCGAAAUAUGCUUCUUCUUCCCGAUGGCUUCUUCAAAGCUUAAUUUUUACGAUUCUAUGGACGGUAAGGGCUCAGCUCCCGGGCACAUGGGAACUUCUAGUCCCAAAUGCCGGCGUAGCCUCCAUGCAUACGGCGGUUACCCGGUUUAACACGGUUGUUCUUCUGGACCGGACCAACAUCGGACCUUCCCGUAAAAUGCUUCCGAAAGGUCACUGCCGUAUCGACUCGAACGACGUCGUACUUAAAAAGGAUUGCUUCGCUCAUUCCGUCGUUUUGGAUCUGCAAACCAACCAAAUCCGGCCGUUGAUGAUACUCACCGACACUUGGUGUUCAUCGGGACAGUUCCUCCCCGACGGAACACUUGUACAAACUGGAGGAGACUUGGACGGGUUUAAAAAGAUCCGGAAAUUCGAACCGUGUGAACCUGGAGAGUUUUGCGACUGGGUGGAGCUGAAAGACGUGGAGUUAGCUAAUGGCCGAUGGUAUGCAACGAACCAAAUAUUACCGGACGGAACGGUAAUUAUCGUCGGAGGGAGAGGAACGAACACCGUCGAGUACUAUCCGCCGAGGAAAAACAAGAAAGGCGCAAUUGAACUGAAAUUCUUAGCUGACGUGGAAGAUAACCAAAUGGACAACUUAUACCCUUACGUCCACCUCCUUCCCAACGGUCACCUUUUCAUCUUUGCCAAUAAUAAAGCGGUGAUGUACGAUCACGAGGGCAAUAGAGUAAUUCGAGAUUACCCAGCAUUAUCGGGGGGCCCACGGAAUUAUCCCUCAGCUGGAUCGUCGGUGAUGUUAGCCCUUGAAGGGGAUUUUUCAACGGCUGUGAUUGUCAUCUGCGGUGGAGCUCAAUACGGAGCUUUCAUCGAGAGGAGUACUGAUACCCCGGCGCAUGGUAGCUGUGGGCGCAUUGUAGCCACUGAUCCAAAACCGGGUUGGGAGAUGGAGGAUAUGCCAUACGGACGGAUCAUGGGAGAUAUGGUGAUGCUGCCCACGGGUGAUACUUUGAUCAUCAACGGAGCUCAAGCCGGGACCCAAGGGUUUGAGAUGGCUUCCAACCCGUGUUUAUACCCGGUUCUAUACCGACCGGAUCAACCAGUUGGUUUACGGUUCAUGACUUUAAACCCGGGAACAGUUCCCCGAAUGUACCAUUCAACCGCCAACUUGUUACCCGAUGGGCGGGUUUUAAUUGCAGGUAGUAACCCACAUUAUUUUUACAAAUUCGGUGCUGAAUUUCCGACGGAAUUAAGGCUGGAAACAUUUUCACCUGAGUAUUUAUCCCCGGAUCGAGCCAAUGUUCGACCGGUAAUCGAGGGAAUUCCCGAGACGGUACGUUAUGGCGAGGCGUUCGAUGUAUUUGUGUCAGUUUCACUACCGGUCGUGGGAAUCAUCGAGGUCAAUUUCGGGAACGCACCUUUUGCUACACAUUCGUUUUCACAAGGUCAGAGAUUAGUUAAAAUUAACGUUACGCCGUCAGUUCCAGAUGGUGGCCGGUACAGGAUUAAAUGUACAGCACCACCAAAUGGAGCGGUUGCUCCGCCAGGUUAUUAUAUGGUUUUUGCUGUUAACCAAGGGGUUCCAAGUGUCGCUCGUUGGGUUCAUUUAGUUGCUUAAAUUGUUUAGUCGUAUUGCAAAGAUUUGCAAUUGUAUUAACUUUUCCAAGUCUUAAAAUUCUCAACUGUUUAUAUAUUUGUGUUGACAUUAAUACAAGACUAAGGAGUGAAGUUGCAUACUAAA